UUUUAAGUGAUAAGACUAUCUACAGUUGCCACUCUUCUUCUUAUCUGCAACUUGAUACGACAGUUCACUUAGUGUUGUAUUACUGUACAUUGAUUAUCGAUUUUUCUGAAUUCAAUGCUUAAAUAAAUUAUUUGUUCAUGUUUUAUAUUGCUGUGAUUAAAAAUAUUGAUGAAUUUAGUUUUUGAGUUGUUUAUAUUUACUCAAACAUUACUUUUAUAACUGGAAAUAUUUAGCAUUUAAUGAAUAUUAUUGUUCAUACAGCGAUUUCCUCACGAAUUUAAGAGUGUUUAUUUAAUAAAAUUUCAAAAACAAAAUACAAGUGUUUUAUAAUGGGAUUAACAGAAUCCUUAAAAGCUUUUUAAUCACUGCUUAAAACCAAACUUUUGAACCAAAAUAACGUGUACAUUCUACUCUUGGUUACUUGUUAAUUGUUGAAAUUGGAAAUGGACAAAUUUAAUAUAGUCCAAGACUGUCAAUAGCAAACAUUAAGUUAACAAAAUAGAAAGAUGUUCAGCGAGUACUACUAUUUGUUUCCAAUUUGAAGAAAAAUUCAUCAAGUACACUAGAAUGUCAGUGGAUAUAUUUGAUUAUUUUCUGACAAAAAUUCAUAGUUCCUUGGAAAUAAAUUGAUUUAAUUUUUAUCCUCAACCUAUCAUAGCUCAAGAAAGAUUGGUGAUUACUUUAAGAUAAUGAUGUCAACGAUAAUAGCAAUAUUAUUAAAAAUGCAUCUGCUGAUUUUAUAAAAGUUGGAAAAUUUGAAAGUGCAAUCACCUGCGCCAUAUGUGGUGAUAGAGCUACUGGAAAACAUUAUGGUGCUUCAUCUUGUGACGGUUGCAAAGGUUUUUUCAGACGAUCUGUUAGGAAAAACCAUUUAUAUUCAUGCAGGUACGGAAGAAAAUGUGUUGUAAAUAAAGACAAGAGAAAUCAAUGUCGGCAUUGCCGACUAAGAAAGUGUUUUAAAGCUGGAAUGAAAAAACAAGCUGUUCAAAAAGAGAGAGACAAAAUCAGUUGUAAACGACCAAGCAAUGAAAAUUGGAAUAAUUGUUUUGAUGGCUUGAAUGUGAUCGCAUUAUUACAAGCAGAAAUGUUAAGUAGGCAAGUUGGAGCCGCACUAGAGGCAGCAAAGGAUAUAUUCUUUGUUGGUGAAGAAUUUUUUGAAGCAAGUACAACUUCGUCAACCCAAAGUCAACAUGCAACUGAGUCAUCCCUAAGCGAAGAUGAAAGUAUACAAAUGAAUAAGGAACAAGUAAUCUCUGUACAAGGAUCAAGCUCAUCACAUGGUGAUGCUAUUCCUGUUAAUGGUGAUCAAAUGUUUAUGGACAGAUCAGCGGACUAUGAAUCUGAGGACCACUUGAAAUGCAGUAAUACUAAAGAUGACAUAGAUUUAACUUCAAAGAAAAUAGCUAACAUCAACGAUGUAUGUGAAAGUAUGAAACAACAAUUACUGAUUCUUGUAGAGUGGGCUAAGUACAUACCUGCAUUUAGAAAAUUAGUUUUAGAUGAUCAAGUUGCACUGUUAAGAGCACAUGCUGGUGAGCACCUACUAUUAGGUGUUGCAAGACGAAGUAUGCAUUUAAAAGAAAUUCUUCUGCUAGGAAAUAAUUGCAUCAUUAUCAAAAGUUCCCUUGAAGAACAGAAUCAAAAUCUUGAUAUAAGUAGAGUUGGAGCAAGAAUAAUGGAUGAGGUAGUGAAACCUUUGAAUGAAGUACGUAUCGAUGAUUCAGAAUUCGCUUGUUUAAAAGCUAUUGUAUUUUUUGAUCCAAAUGCAAAUGGAUUGAGCAAUGGAGAUAUUAUACAAAAAAUCAGACGUCAAAUACAAAUUAAUUUAGAAGAUUAUAUCAACGACCGGCAAUAUGACAAUCGUGGCCGAUUUGGAGAUAUAUUGUUAACACUUCCAGCUUUACAAUCAAUUUCAUGGCAAAUGAUUGAACAAAUUCAGUUUGUCAAACUAUUUGGUGUUGCGCAUAUUGAUAGCUUAUUACAAGAAAUGCUUUUAGGAGGCUCGAUUGUAGUGGAAAAUGCCAUUUCUAAACAAAAUAAUGCAGAAACUAAUAUAUCUAUGGUCAAUGACACUAAUAUUUUACUUAAUGUUAAUUUAACUAACGACCCUGCCGAUACUUUGUAGUUGUAAUAUAUAUGAAUAUAAAUCUUUUUGUGUUAUUUAAAUAA